GAGAUAAUCACCACCGAUCAUCUACAUCUACCCUCCGAAUUUGCCUGUCAUGCUCGCGUUCGUGCCGGCUACCCCAGUUCAUCAGCAGCACGUCCUCUUCCGGACUUCCGGGCUAGGCGAUAACAAUGACGGCUACGGCUACUCACACCGGGCUCCAACCUCGGCAUACAGCCGUCACGCUUAUGGCUACCACACGACCCUCGCCGAGCACGAUUACCUCCUCGCUCGGGCCCGCCGCGAAGCGCUAGAACGUCAACAAGCGCAGGCUUACCACCGCCAACGCCAACGGCGGCAUCAGCAAGAGCUCCUCGCGCUCUUCGCCGCCGACCUCGCGGAAGAACUAAGUCGAGCGCGAAUACGAAAGCAACAGGAGGAGGAUGCGCGUCGCCAGCAGGAGGAGCUUCUCGUGCUCCGACAGCGUUGGCAGCGACGGCGCCUCCAGGAGAUUGCCUGGCGUAGACAGCACGCUCUAGCCGAGGCCGAGCAACGCCACCGCCAGGAGGAUCUCGCGCGCUUCGAGCAGGCUAGACUCAGGCAGCAGCAGGUUGAGCUGUCGAAGGUCAUCGAGGCAUUAUUUGUGCAUUCGGAGCCUGAGCGAGAGCAACAGGUAAGCUUGCUUGCCAUCUGGGCGUACACGAUGGGGAACCUAAUUCAUGCUCUCCUUCAGCCCGUCUCUGCCCCGUGUGCGACGCACGCCGAAGUUCCUCGCGCCCCUGUCGAUGUCAAGGGGAAGGGCAAGACGAAGGAAGAGCCCAAUUCUGCCCCUUCUUCCGACUCCGCGUCUCGGGAUUCUGUUGAAGAUCUGCUCCUGCAGCGUGCUCAGGUCGAGAACGACCAAGAAGUCCAGGAGGCGCUGGCGACGUUGCUCCGGUCCCUCUUCACCGGUUCAGCUCCUGCCCAGGCUCAGGCUCCGAAGGAGCGGAAGAACGUCCGGUUCGACGUGAACGAGCAGGUCGGCCCAUCAAAUUCUUCCGCUGAGCCCGCCACUUUCUAUCAAGGAGAGCCAGCCACUGCUGCGCUUGACCCGAGCCCUUCGGCGCCGGGAACAUCGUCUCUGGAGCGCAAACCCGCCCUCGCGGGCGCGUCGGCCGAACAAGUCCGUGCGCACCGUCAUCAGCGCACCUCCUCCCUCGAUGAGAUCGUCAACAUCCGUGCGUCGUUCGACUCGCUCUCGUCCGACUUUCAUCUCCCGGAGCACCUCGACUUCAGCCCCUCCCCCACCGCGUCUCGGUCGCCCUCGCCCGUCUCCAACCAGCCCGGCGAAUCGGAGGGCGAGGAACCCCUCGCGUACACGGCGAACAACCGCCCCUUGCACCAGUACACCCAUGCGCUCGGAUUGCUCCUCGCGCGACUCGACGCGGUGGAGAGCGAUGGUGACGAGGGUGUGAGGAGGGCUAGGAAGGAGGCGGUAGUCGUCGUUGAGCAUGAGCUGGAGAGGGUCGAGCGCGAGGUGGAGAGGCAGCGGCCCGGCUCGCCUGCUCCGACGGAAGACAUCGCUGAUGCGAAGAAGGAGGUUGCACUUGAGGGAACGGCUGCCGACCAGGAGGCGAGCGCUGCUGACACCCAUGCUGGCAUCCCCUCUAUCUCUUCAGAGGCUUCUGGACAACCUAUAGCGGCUUCCCAACAAGUUGCAGAGACUCUGCUCUCGCCCGAAGAUGCUCCUGCGCAUGCAGCUCAAACGGCCGUCGUUCCCGUUGACGACGCCGAAUCUAUACCCGCUCCUCGCACCACCUCCCCAGUACCUCCCAACGUCGAUCUCGUUGGCACCGUCACGGACGCCUCCGAGUCCUCUGACGCACCAGCCGAGCUGCUCGACCGCAACGAACACGCGAAUUCGCCAGCAGAGCAGGCUGCCGAAUUGUCCUAUCAGGGAUCUUUUCCAGAGUCGCAUUCGCAGGAUUCGACUAGUACGUUGUCUUCCCAACCCGAGCUGGCUGCGUCCGUGCGCACGUCGCGUGACGACGAUGUUCCCGUCACCCUCACCGAGGGUGCGUUCCAACCCGAGGAGGCCACCUCGUCGGAUGCGCCCUCAUCUGAAGCACCCCGACCGGCUGCCGACGCGACCUCACGACCCGGUGAACCAGCGACGGCGGUCUCUGACCCAUCAGCCUCGAGCGCGGUGUCCGACGACCUCGGUACACACGAUCACGCCGAGGCUCCACCGUCCCCGAUCGACUCGAACGUCUCUGCUCCGUCAGCGUUCACAUCCGACGCAGAAGGAGAAGAGGAUGCCGCGGUUGUGAUCGGGCACGCCGAGGUGCCUCCCGCCAGCGACGCGAACGACCACUCGGGCGACGAUUACGAUGGUUGGUCGGAUGUCGAGAACCACCUCUGAGCAUAUCGUGGUAUCUAUCGGCUUACUAUAUGAUUGUAGUAUACCCCGUCUGUAUAAUAGUAUAUAACUGCUAAGUUUGUGCAAGUUCGGUCGGUCCAC